AUGCCCCACAACAUCAUUCAUAAACUGAUCUCCAGGUCUCAGGACGGGAGGCACCAGACUAGCUACUCCUUGCCCUGGCCCAGCUCCACAGUCACCGCUUCAGACGUCCCUCUGCUGUUUCAGGAGCCUCACAUCCUGCCAGGUUACCGGCCGGUUCAUCAAAAGUGGCUCUGCUACCUGCGCCGCCUCUUCCAGGAACAGGAGUCCCUGAACGUGUGGACUCACUUGCUGGCGGUGCCCGUGGUGCUGAUCCGCUGGUGGGUCAACGCGCUCGACGCGGGCUUCACCUUAGACAUCGUCUCUCUGCCGCUCAGCGUGUUCCUGGUUUCUGUGCUGGUUUACAUCUUGGUCAGUGCCGCUGCUCACCUCUUCCAGGCGCACUCUGCCCACGCUCACUACCCCUUCUUCUUCAUGGACUGCGCCGCCAUGGCUGUGUUCCAGUACGGGGCCUCACUGGCUCACUUUUUCUACACCUCUGAGCCACAAUGGCGGGGCAGCCAUGUCGCGCCAAUUUAUCUCCCAGGUUCUGCUCUUGUUGCCUGGCUCUCCUGUGUCGGCUGCUGCUUCGCCAAGUCCUGGUACCGGCAGCCUUAUCCGCCACAGCGUAAGAUGUUCCAAGUAAUCCCCUGCACUGUGGCGUAUCUACUGGAUUCCAGUCCCAUAAUUCACCUCUUGCUCACCGCCCCCUGGACUCAGGAGCCGCAUCUGAAGUUCCACGCCCUCCAUGUGGGCUCAACGCUCAUGAGUGCCUUCUUCUUCUCCACUGCGAUCCCGGAUUGGUUCUUUCCAGGCCGCUGUGACAUCAUGGGCCAAGGUCAUCAGCUCUUUCACCUCUUCAUGUCGCUCAGCACCCUGUUUCAGCUGGAGGCUCUGUUCCAUGACUACAGAAGGAAGAGGGAGACGCUACUGGACAUCUUCAGGGAGAGUCAGCUGCAGUGGGCUUGUGAGUCCUACUUUGCUGUGGUCUUGUGUUGCUUUGGGACGGCCUUGAUAGCCUGGUGGAUCACCUGCAGGCAACUGCAGGCGGAGGAGAAGGUCAAGUGA